CCAGCUGAAGAUUUUUUUACGUUUCAGAUAUUACACGUUGGUAGUCAGAUUGACUUACUUUGUUACAAAUUGACGGAAAUUUCUCAUAAUUGCGAAAAAGAAAAAUUGCAGAAAUAUAUAAUAGAUGACAUCGUUGGAAGACAUCAACGAAUCAUACAAUUCUCAAAGAAUAUUGAGAAAAUCUUCACUUACAUAUCGUUAUGUCAAUUUGUAUCGAAUAUGUUAGUAAUCUGUUUCAUAAGUUUCAUUUUGGUGGUCUCUUCACAUCUGGAUCAAGCGACUGUGAUAAUAAUGAAAUGCUUUCCGUAUUACAUUGCUGUUAAUUGUGAAGCAUUUAUAUUAUGUUAUACUGGCGAAUAUCUUACUUCUAAGAGCGAAGAUAUUACUAAAUCUGUAUAUAAUUUUCUUUGGUACGAAUUAAAACCUCAAAAUGCUCGUGUUAUAUUAUUAAUGAUAUUGCGAUCACAGGGAAAAUUAACAUUAACAGCGGGAAAGUUUCUUUGCCUUUCUCUCGAGGCUUUUGCGAAUAUGUUAAAAGCAUCUGCUUCGUACGUGUCUGUUUUGUACGCAAUGUACUGA